AUCAAAUUCCAUAAAGCCUGAAGGGCUUUAUGGAAAAUUUGAUCAUGUACCAACCCGUAUUUAUAUCCCGAUAAAUAUUUUAAAAUGAUACCUUAUUACUUAUAUUUACAUUUUUGGUCGGUAACAUUACUGAAUUGUGUUAACAACACGUUUCCAUACAUUUCAAAUUGUUGACGUCCACAACGAAGCGUCAUAGAUGUUCAAAAUGACGACAACACAAAACAAAGUUCUAUAAAAUGAAGAACUGUUUUAAUUAUUAAGACGCUAGAAAGCAAGUAUAUCAACAUAUACUUAUACAUUAACUCGGGAGUAUAUAAUGGAAAACUCUUCCAUAUGUCUAAUUUUAGGGGGUGGGGGAAUUAUGAUUUAAACGGGGAUGCGCAGUGUUACACUAGAGUUGUGAUGCGCUUUGACUUUUGAAAAGUGAAGACGUUGAAGACCGACUUUGAAAGAUAUUCUGUGGAUAUUACGGAGUUAACAGAAGACUGAGAUGGAGGAACAUGAAGAACAGGGCGGCAGUCGUCAGGUGUAGGCAAAUCAUUUAUAGACAGGACAGAGGACGCAGCUCAGAUGAAUCUCCGGAAAGAACUGACCAUCGCAGAGAAUGUGGAACUGCACGAAGGUUUUGAACGACGCCUCGCUUCGAUGUCCCGACAUAAACUUGGAAACCGACGAAAUCAAGCACCUAUGGCUGCUGUGGCACGGAAACAGUGUGGUGUGUAGGUCUUAAACUCUUAAUGAACUUUGACGACUUAUCGGCCAUACAUCCUGUGAAUGACCUUUUUGCUAAAGCCUAAUGUCAUCGUCUAGCAGUAGGUACAAUUCCGCAUCACCGAUGACCAGGGUGAAGUUGUAGCAGACGAAAGGCCUAGUAGGAUAGUAACUAAAGACAUUGUUUACAGAAAUGCUUUUAUCAAUUAUUGAUGAAAGUCCACUGCUUGGAAUACAAAUAAAACCGUAAAUACAUUUUGUGAUGUUGAUUUCAUCUAUUGAAAGAUUUCUGUACCAGUAAGUGAGAGCGAUUGCUAGAUGUGUAUUGCCUUAGUAAAAGUAGUACCUGUUACCUACUUUUAACAAAUGUUCAUACGCACAGCCGUGACCUCUGUUGACCCCGUAGUAGAUUUAUCCAGAAAUAAAUACGUAUUGCUCGUAAUAGUGUUAUGUAGGAGAAAACAGUUGCAAAUGUAAAUAUUUGCAUCUAAAUAGAAAUUAUCUAUAAUUUUAUUCGCUUUUCUUAGGACAUUAUUUUGCAUGGAAAGACAGUGUUUCAGUGUCAUUCGAAGGUUUUCCUCAGACAUAAUAACAUUGUUAAAUUUACAUUUCAUUUUGUAUUUAUAGAUUGUGAAAGAAAUAAAGGAAAUCAUGUUAUUCAAUCUAAUUGUUUUAUUAUUUACUUCAUAGUAAAAUCCCAAUACAAUGUUUUUCCAACUUAUAUGGAAUUUCAAAAAAGUGCUAAUUUUCUCCCAUGCAUUUCUUGUAAAUUUACAUGUGAAUAGAAGGUGUUCAGUGUCUUCUACAGUUUAACAAAAUUCACAUAAAGAAGAAACAUCUUUGUUUCCAUUUUGUUGCUACGACCAUGUUGGUCCACAUCAUAUAAAAUUGAUGUUUUGUUUUGAAUUAUCCAUCAAUUAAUAUUAAAUGCGAUUUACUAAAUUAAAUUAUAAGAAAUGAAUGUAAUUUUCAUUUGUUUUAUAAGAUAUACAUGUAAAGUAAGUUUGGACAGUUUACGCAAUUUUAUAAAUCGCUUCACGUCGGUUUAUAACACGUAAACUACCCCAACUUACAUUCCUUAAAUAAAACCCAUUCCUUGUAUUUACCAAAAAUAUAUAGCAAGAUGGCAAUUUUCAUCUCGUUGUUUAGCAAUAGAAGUCAGAAGAUUUACUAAUAUUCAGAAUCUGAUAGAAUAUGUUUACUUUAUAAGAAUUUAAUAUAAGAUGAAUUCCAUAUCAUUUUACAGUGUCCUUUGUUCUCAAGUUUAAGGAAAAGAUAUAUUAAGCCAUAUACUAUUGGAAAAAAACUUCAGUCUGCAUGUUUUUAAAUUAGUUCAGUUAUUUACUGUUAAUAACUUGAAAGGCAUGUAUUAGUACGUUGGGGAAUAUACACCUAGCAUUCAAAGUCCGAGAAAAUAAUGUGUACUGGUAUUCUCCGUCAUAUGUAUACUGUAUUUUCUGAUAUCUACGGUGUCACUAAUGAUUUAUGCUAAGUGAUGAGCUGUAAACAUGUAGCUUAAAGUGGAUAAAGAAUUGAUAUUGAGUGGUGAGUGCUAAUUAAACUCCCACCUUCUUCCAGGUGUCCAAGUGGUGGUAAUGGGAUGAAUUGAUAAACACAGGUGGUAUUAAGAAUAGUGUUUUUCAUGAUAGGGUGUGUUCCCUGAACUCAUACUUCCCCCAAAACAACAUCCAUUUAUGUAAGGGGAUUAUGGGGCUAUCUAAGGGGAAUACAGGUAGAGUUUACCUUUACUUUACCUGGAUAAUGAAGAAUUAAUCAAGUAGCAAAAGAUAAUAAAAUUUCUGAGAUCAAAUUUUGAAGCGAUUUUUAAUCAUUUAAAUGUAUUAGAUGGUGAAGAAUUGAAUUACAUCAGUAUACAUGUAACACAGAAAAAUGUAUGUACAAUGAUAAUGUUAAAGGUCUUUCUAAAUUAUGUAAGAAAUUAGAAAAUGACUUGUUUAAAUGUUUAUUUCAGAUUAAUUGUUCUAAUGUAUGCAGAUGAUACAAGAGUAUUCUCACAAACACCAACAUAACUUCAGUAUCAUGUAGAUGAGUUUCAUAAAUAUUGUAAAACAUGGCACUUCAAGACCAUCAGUAACAAGUCCAAAAUUGUAAUGUUUGGUAAACGUACUUCCACAACCUGUGUUUAAAUAUAACAAUGGCAUUCUUGAAAUAGUUGAUAGAGUUACACUCUUCAAAACUUUAUUUUAUUCUGAAAAAAUACAAUAGUCAUUGGUUUAAUUACAUAAAAUAGAAUUUAAAUGAUUGUGAAUUUACAUAUGGCAGAAUGAACAGCCACUUAAUGGCUUAGAAAUGCAGUUUUUCACAUUUUGUAUGAUCAAUUCAAACAAAGUUGGACUAGUGAUAUGUAUUAAUAAUUCAGGAAGUACUUCUAUUACAGUUUACUGUAUUUGAAACAUAGUCCCUAUUGAAAAGUUAACUUAGAUUACCUGAAAAACAUUUGAAAUAUUUUAGUAAAUUUAGGAGAUAACCUAUAGAAACAGAAGGAUGGAGAGACAUAUACCUAGAGUAUGUAGAAUUUGUCAGCUAUGUAACAGAAAGGAGAUAAGGGUUGAAUGCCAUUAAUAUAUGUUUAACAAGCUAGGCAAUCCAAUGUUUCAAAGUAUUACAAAUCCUAACAUUUAUAAAUUAAUAAGGGGCGGGAUCAAUAUCUGACAAAAAACUAAAUUUACAUAGUUUUAACCAAGACCCCCUCCCCCUUUGAAACUAAAUAUGAUGAAUGUUGUAACUAAUCGAUUAACAAGUAAAAACAUGAUUAUAAAUACAUGUAACAUUCUGUAUACAUUUUCUAUUGUUUAUUCACAAAUGAAGGUGUACAUUAAAACUAUUAAAUGUUCAUUAAAAUGUAAUAUUAUUAUGUGGUUUUUAACAGUCGCUUGUCUUUUAUUCUUUUUCCACUAAAGUGUAAUCCAUGUCGGAUGACAGAAACUUGCGGAAGAUUUUAUCCCACCCUCCCCCUAACUUUGAAUUUAGAUAAUUUGAUAUCCGACAUCGAUCUUUUGAUUUAGCCCCUAAAUUAACUAUUCCCUGUAAUUAACAGAAACACUCUACAUAAUGUAAUCAGAUCAUAUUAGAUUUAUAAGAAUUAUCAUGGACAGAGAUAGUUCUAAAGGUUAAACAUUCGUUUUUCCGUUUAGUAUGCUUGCUUUUGUUUUGAAAUAUCUGUACUAAUAUUCUUUUCAAUGCAAUUACUUCAUUGUAUUGCAAGAAAAUAAAACAUUGAUCGAUUUCAUGAUUAUAAAUGAUGAUUUUGUUAAAUACAGUGUAGAUUAUAACAAAUUUUGUAAUGAAUAAUUAAUCAAAUACAUGCAACAAAAAAUUAUAAAGUUUCCGUUUUUAAUUUACCUGAUGACCUAUUCAGAUUCAGCAUCCAAACUUCUACACCUUGGGCAGUGAUGUUACAUUGUAUAAGGGAAUUAAACUAUGAAAACAGUCACAAUAAAUACAAAUUGCUAUUUAGUGGUACUUGUAGGUAUGGCAUUUGUUUUGUGACUGCAAAUUGUUAAUGACAGUGUUGGAUUGUGAACAAGUGCUAAAAAAAAUUAAACAAUGCUUUAAAUGAAAGUCAAUUGUGAAAGUUUCAUAUUUAAACAGUAUCCUAUAUGCUGAAAUGACUUGUAAAAUGCAGGGAUAUGCAUUGGAUUAUCAGUGCGUUUUAAAAUAUAUUAUGCAUGCAUGAAAAUUAUCAGUGCUUCGUGUGUACAUAGAGUACUAUGAGGAAUUAUUUUUCUACUUUAUUUAUACAUAGAUUAUCUAGAUUAACCCUACCUGUGUUCCCUUUAGAGGACCCUUUAAUGUUGUUAUUGGUGAGUAAAUGUUCAGGGAAUAAACCAAUGAUAAACCCUAUACUAUUAUCAAGUUUUAAAGGUAUUCAUUUUGUAAUAUACAAGUACACUUGGUCAUCAACACGGAAAAUAGAUGAAACACGAUUUUCAAAGUGAACUGAUAUUGAACAAUUGAAACUUCUUACAAUAGCAACACAGUUUCAAGUCAUUGCCGAUGUAUAUUCCAACUUAUUUCAAGUUCAAGUCUACACCCUGUAUAUCCUACAGCUAUACCUCUACUAUUGCAUCCAAACUUUUUAAUUAUAAACAAACUUUGCAGUGCUUAGAAAUAGACCAUCUUACACGUAAUCCACCAAUAUGUUCUUGUUCUUCAUCUUCUUUCAACUACAGUCCAGCUGGACAUGUCAUUACUGGUGAUGUUGAUAUAGUUGAAAAUGAGGACCUCAAAUCACUUAUUCUUAAAGGUCCUAAAUACAGAUAACCUCGGUCUUUUAAUUGGUGACAGAACUUCAUCUCUAUUAUGAGUUCUGUCGAAGAUUAUGCCAGACGAUGGGCUAAAUAUGAAAAAGAAGAACUUGAUACAUUGUCAGAAUGGGUUAAAAGCAUAAGAGGGAUAUUAAAAUUCCUCAUUAGACACAUGAAAACAAAAGUACGUACCAUCUAUCCUUCUGUGUUUAGUAAACCAGAAGUGAUAAAAGAAUUAGAUAGGUUACAUGAGGAAUAUGUUUUGGUUCCAGCUGACAAAGCUAUUAACAACAUUGUCUUUGUUUGUAAGGCUCAUUAUUACAACUGUAUUUUAAACGAACUUGGCAUUAAUUCCACUUUUGGUAAUCAUACUUAUACUCCAACUGUCCUUUCAAAAGACGAAAUUCUUCAAAACCAUGCUUCAGUUUUAGACACAUUUAAUAUUCCAGUCAAUGGGUCGAAUGAAUAUGAGUUACCGUACCUAUACUGGAUUCCUAAACUACAUAAAAACCCUUACAAACAAAGAUACCUUGCUGGAUCCAGUAAGUGCUCUACCAAGCCCCUAUCUUUGCUCCUCACGAAAAUGUUAACAGCUGUGAAGGAGAAACUUCAAACUUACUGUGCGACUACAUAUGCCAGAAGUGGUGUUAAUCAAAUGUGGAUUCUAAAAAAUUCUAAAGAACUUUUAGUAAACUUGAAAUCACAGAAUUUUUCCCAAAUCAAUAGCAUUAAAACCUAUGACUUUUCAACACUAUACACGACCAUUCCUUACGAUAAAUUAAAGACUACACUUUUUGACAUCAUAGACAGUUGCUUCUUCAACAAAAACGGAAAACGGAAAUACUCAUAUCUAGUGAUCAGUCAUUCAAAAACUUACUUUGUUAAACACCACUCUGAUUCCACGCACAAGUACUCUAAAGUUGAAAUAAAAAAUAUGCUAGAGUUCCUCAUUGACAAUAUCUUCGUGGUCUUUGGUGAUCAGGUCUUCCAACAGUCUGUUGGAAUUCCCAUGGGCACGAAUUGUGCUCCUUUGUUAGCUGACCUGUUUUUAUAUUCAUAUGAAGCAGAAUUUAUUCAAAAACUUCUACGUGAGAAGAAAAAAUCUCUCGCUAUGACCUUCAAUUCGACUUUUAGAUAUAUCGAUGACGUUUUGUCUAUUAACAAUGAUAGCUUUCAUUUAUAUGUCGAUUUGAUAUAUCCCUGUGAGCUCGAAAUAAAGGACACCACAGAGUCGUCCACUUCUGCUUCAUAGUUAGAUAUUUUAUUGAAAGUAGACAUUAACGGCAAACUGACAACUCAACUGUAUGACAAACGGGAUGAUUUCAGCUUCUCCAUCGUCAACUUCCCACAUUUAUGUAGCAAUAUUCCAUUAUCACCUGCAUAUGGUGUUUAUAUAUUUCAACUAAUUCGAUAUGCAAGAGCUUGUUCUGGGUAUAGUCAGUUUUUAAAUCGAGGUAAGCUAGUGACAAACAAGUUGAUGGUACAGGGAUUUCAACAGUCUCGAUUGAAGUCAGCAUUUCGCAAAUUCUAUUGUCGUUAUAACGAUCUAGUUCGUCAAUACGACCUCGCAUUGGGUCAAAUGCUGUCUGACGUGUUUCAUACCGAUUGUUAAGCCGUUCUUGGCACACUGAUUUUGACUGCGGAUAACUCCGUUUACCUGACAAGGAUAUGGGGCUCACGGCGGGUGUGACCGGUCAACAGGGGAUGCUUACUCCUCCUAGGCACCUGAUCCCACCUCUGGUGUGUCCAGGGGUCCGUGUUUGCCCAACUAUCUAUUUUGCAUUGCUUGUAGGAGUUAUGAGAUUGAUCACUCUUCGUUAUCUUCACCUU